AUAAACAUCCAUAUAACAUAAUAUAAAUCGUACAUUUCAAUAAUUGAUUCGCUAACAUAAGGUACAGUCGCCGUCAGAUAUAUUGUAGCAGACAAGGUGACCAAGUACUUCUGAACAAUUUAAAAUUUCAAUAAAUUCUAUACACUACAAGUUACAAAUAAUAUCUGAACAUACAUUACUUCAUUAAAAUCUGGACAGAUACUUGUCAAUAAAUUCUCUACACACAACUAAUCAAAAAUAUCUGAACACUUACAACGUCAAAUUGUAAUUUAAAAAUUGGUUUUUGUUUGACGUGUUCUCGAAUUUUUACUUUGACGCUCACCGUUUUAUCUUUGGCGCUCGCACUGCCAUAUUUGAAAAAUGGCGCCGAAUAGUAGUGUUUGACAAAUAUCCUCUCCAACUUUUUUUACGAUACCAUAUUAACCAACAAAAUAAAACUAGAGAAAAUAAUCCUGACUGAUUUUUGACUUUGUAAGUGUUCAUAUAUUUUUGUCCGCUACAUAUAUCUGACGGCGACUAUACCAAUUCCGUCUCUGUAUAUUUGAAAGUUAGACUUUUAAGAGACAGGAUCAGUAAGAGCGCGCAAUCCCCGAAUAAAUACAAAAGAAACUACUAAAAACAAUGACUUCGAAAUUUCCUUGCUUGUGUAUGUUAAUAUAUUUUAGAUACAUCGUGGGUUCAUAAACGCUUUAUGAGUGUCAUGUGUGAUUGUCAUUACUUCACCCCCGAGGAAAGUGUGGCAGAGUUCAAGUGGCACAACGGCGGCUCUUUGCCUAGUCCGUUUCGCUAUAGUCACAGCUUGAAACGUAUCAAUCCAGCUCAGUAUUGCACGCUUAAAAUUCUAAUUUCCCCAUUUGCCAUAAAAUUCCAUUAUUUAGUUUAUAAUGAUGUCUCACCAAAGUUUAAAUAAAUAAAGGUUAUUAUCUUUUGGUUAUUGUUUAUUUAUUUUAGUAAAAAAAAUCUAUAAAAAUCAAGUAUUUUUAAUUUUAACCUAAAAUACAGCAACGAGAAAACGAAUGUAUAUGAAUUUGUGCAGACGAAGUGUGAACUGAUUAGAGAAAAAAAAUGGUUUAAAUGGUAUUGAUGUAAGUAUUUUCCUAUAAUUUAUUAAACCAUUAUUCUGUUUAUUCAUAAUCUUAAAUACCGGUAAUUGGAAAUCAUUUUAGAUUUCUUUACGUUAACAUGUUGCAAAAAAUAUCUGGUUUAGUAAAAGAAAUAAAUUGCAUGUUUUUCUCAUUGAGUAAAAAAUUUACCAAUAUUCUAUAAUGUAUUUUUUGUUAAAAUAACAAAAUCUUACAAUUCGUUAGUUUUUAGAAAACUUUCGGGUGCAGCGGCAAGUGCUGGCAACCCAACCGCGCCGCCCUCACCCCUCACAGAUAUCGCUACUGCGCAUGUCACGGUAUAGUAGUGUGAGUGUGACCCUUAAAAUUUCGUUUUAAACAAUUUAAUCAUUAAAAUUAUCAAAAUAAGUGAUGAAAUGAUAUAAAAUUAUAUUUGCAAUUUCUAGAAUAAAAAAUUACGUCUAUAUCGAUUAGCAACCCCUCAGUUUAUUUCCAAAGUUGUCGAUCCUAGGCCAUUUGUUUGGAACCAUUCGAAUGAUAAUUAUCUCGCUCCCUCUCACUGCAGUUAUGCUAGGGAUGAAAGAAAUGGAACGCAUAUUUAGGGCUCAAGCAGUUUUGGUUGUUAUGUAGUGCGUUGGCGCGAAGGCUUAUUUAAAGUUACAUAGAUCUGUUCAGGCAUCACUCUCUUCUGUUCCUCGCUCGAAGAAAGUUCUCAUACAUCAAGUUCUCAUAUUGUUCAUCAAAUUGACAUCAAGAUGUGUCAAUUAGUGUAUCUGUGCCGGUGCUUCGGGAAUUUCCUGCUGAAUACGGAUCGGUUGGAGAACGCUCUGUCGUGGGUAUGGCAGUACUUGUCGUGCAAGCCGUGCCGCGAAACAACUGAGGCAGCCCCGGCCGAACCCCCGGCAAAUAUAAACAAUGCGAAAACUUUCGACUCCGAAAUGGAGUUGGCAACGUAUCACAUCUCUGAUCCGGAGCAUUCCCCACCCGAAGACUUCGCUGUAAUGCAACAGCGGAGCAUCAUCGUGCACUUCAAAGUGCCACACAUCGUUGAGACCAAGGUUAACGGAGACACAAAUUCUCUGGACGGUUCUCUUUCGGAUGACGUGUUCGAAUAAACUCGUUAUCACUUCAACCAGAUGGAGCGUAGAGUGUAGUGUGUUUCUAGAAAACAUCUCCAUCGAAGCGUAGAAGAAAACCCUAUCCCUUAUAUAGUUACUUCAAUAUUUUAUUUUCAUGAAAUAUUUUGGUGAAUACAAUAUUACAAAAAAUAUAUUUAUAAAAUGUACAACAAAUGAAAUAACAGAUGUUCCGGUUAAAACCUUUCAAAGUUUAAAUAUUGUUGGAAAUGCACAUAAAAUGUCUAUUUCAAUUACAGAGAUUUAAAAUAAAGAGUACAUAUUUAC